GUAAUUAGUGCAAUUGGUGAAGAGAGAAAGAGGAACGUGAGAGAGAGAAAUAGAAUUUUGUAGAGUAUUUUGUAAAUCUCGUACAAAUUCUAUAAAAAAGGUUUCAGUGGACGUAAGUAAUUUGCUGAAUCACUUUAAAAUUAUCUUGUGUGAUUUUUAGACAGACCGGAGGCACAACAGGAAUACGUGGGAAUUGUUCGAUCCACAACGAGGCUAGAAUUUGCAGAGCAAAAGAUUGAUGAGUUGGAGGCAAAUUGGGAGGAUUACUUAUUUAAAAGUGGUUGGGUUCCAACAAUGGUUGGGCUUGAGGCUUGUGAAAUGAGGAACCUUUUCUGUUGUGCAAAGCUCGUGGUCAGCAGUGCUCUUGCUAGACACGAAAGCCGUGGACUACACUACACGGUUGAUUUUCCUCAUCCGGUGGAAAGCAAAAGGCUGCCAACAAUUAUUUUGCCCUGUUCAUCCGUGAAGAGUUCCUGGAGUUCACGACAGCUACACAGCAGCCCUUAUGGCAAAAUAAUAAUGCACCCGUGAUGGAAAUUUAGUUCUUUGACAUUAUAUCUGAAAGUAGAAUGAUGAGGCUAGAUUGGUAGUGUCUUGCAGCAUUUGUUGGCUUCCAAUUUGCUUGUGUAAGUCCAUUUAUGGUGUUAAUAAUUUAUGCCUCUUCCCAUAUCUUCAAAGAUAUGCAGGCCACGUGAGUGUUGGACUUAUAUGCCAUCCAUGCAUGUUUGAGCAUUCAAUGGAUUCAUUUUCUCUGCAGUCUACACAGAGAACAAGAAGCAUAACAAAUGUGUUCCCUCCCUAAACCCAAGGUGAUAAGGACAACCAUAAAUUCGAUGAGGCUAUGUGGUGUGUUGCGGCUCGUGGUUGUGGGCUUCUUGGUGCUCCCAGCGGUGGUGUUGGGCGGCAGCGGUCCACGGAGAUGCAAGUUUCCAGCAAUAUUCAACUUUGGAGACUCAAACUCGGACACCGGAGGAAUAUCCGCCGCAUUGUCAGAGUUUCAUGAACCCAAUGGAGAAACCUUCUUUGGACAUCCUUCGGGAAGGGUUUGUGAUGGCCGUCUCAUCUUAGAUUUUAUAGCCGAGGAGCUGAAAUCACCAUACCUGAGUGCAUACUUGGACUCGAUCGGGACGGAUUUCAGGCAUGGUGCAAAUUUUGCAACAGGAGGUUCAUCCAUUCGUCCAGGCGGGUAUAGUCCAUUCCAUCUCUGGAUUCAGAUCUCCCAGUUCAUGCGUUUCAAAUCUCAAACAGAAGCUCUGUAUAACAAUCAUCUUGACCGAAAGAUCCCACCAGUCAAAAGCAGCCUCCCAAGGCCCAAGGACUUCUCAAAGGCUCUUUACAUAUUUGAUAUUGGACAGAACGAUCUGUACUAUGGUUUUCAAUACACAACCUUAGAACAAGUUCGACUUUCCAUCCCUGAUAUCUUAAGCCAGUUGUCCCAAGCAGUACAUCAAUUGUACAAGGAAGGUGCAAGAAUAUUUUGGGUACAUAAUACAGGCCCAAUCGGUUGCUUGCCAAUAAGAGUUAUAAAUGACCGAUCAAAGCCUGGUAAUCUGGAUCAGAAUGGGUGCGUGAAGCCUCAAAAUGAGAUAGCUCAGGAGUUCAACAGGCAGCUCAAGGACAUGGUGUUUAAACUGAGGGCACAGCUCCCUGAUGCAGCAUUGACACAUGUCGACAUGUAUUCCGCUAAAUAUGCACUGAUCAGCAAUGCAAAGAAUGAAGGUUUUGUCGAUCCAUUUGAGUUCUGUUGUGGGAGUUACAAUGGAUCCGCUAUUGAUUGUGGGAAGAAAGAAAUAGUUAAUGGUAAUCUAUGUCAGAAUCCAUCAAGGCACAUUAGCUGGGAUGGCAUACACUACACUGAGUCAGCCAACCUAUGGAUUGCAACCCGAAUUCUCAACGGCUCCUUCUCUGACCCACCAGUUUCAAUUCGGGAGGCUUGUAAUCAUCCCAAGAAUUUGUAAGCACAUUGCAGUAUGUUAAUGAAUACUGCUCGUUAAUAGAGCAUAUAGUGACUCAGCAUCCAAAGAAGCUUCUGCAACAAACUCUCAACAGAAUUGCACAAUAGACGUGCUAGAAUAAAGUAGAAGAUUCCCGAAUAUAUUUGUAACCGAAUACAGGACUUUUAUUAUUAUUUUCUUUAUGUAAUUGAGUCUGAAAUAUAGGAUAAAUAUGCCUAUAAAUAAAUACUGUUGUGGUUGUAUUCAAUAUGGAAAAGCAAUAGUAAUAUAAUGGUGAGUUUUACACAGACUUUAA